GCCCGCUGGGAGCGGGAGGCGGGAGCGCGCAGGCGCCGCGCCCUCGGCGGCUCUUCCGUCGCACCGGAGUGGCUGCGUCGCUGCGUGGUCCAGCCCUCCAACCGCGCGGGCUCGGGUCCUUCCCCGGGUCUGAACCUGUGGCGGUUGUAGCGGCCUCGCCAGCAGUGUCGUUAAGGAGAGGUAGGUUGGGAAGAAGUUUUCAUGCAACAGCGGAUUGAAUGAAUACUUGUCUUCACAUUUGGGUGAUGGAUAAAUUCCAAGAGUAUACAAGUGACUAUUUCCUGGUGUGAAUUGUUCAAGCAUAAAGACAUGUUGAUGUAGGAAACUGAAAGUAGCGUACCAAAAGCACUCAUGGGUAAGAGAAAGGAAGAAAGUGUUUCAAAGCCCAGAUCCCGUAAAAGGCAAAGACAAGAAUACACAGAUGAACAUAGUGAUGAGUCUAAUGAAGAGGAGUCACAGACACCAGCUGACAGUGGUGUUGUCUCACUGUCGGCUGCAGGGGAAGUAGGAAUAAUUGAAAGUAUCCAGCUGAAGAACUUUAUGUGCCAUUCAAUGUUGGGGCCUUUUCAGUUUGGAUCAAAUCUCAAUUUUGUUGUUGGAAACAAUGGAAGUGGAAAAAGUUCUGUACUAACUGCUCUUAUUGUUGGACUUGGUGGAAAAGCCACUGCAACUAAUAGGGGUUCUUCACUAAAAAUGUUUGUACGAGAUGGAGAGACUUCUGCAGAUAUUUCCAUUACCUUGAGAAACGAAGGCAGAGAUGCAUUUAAACCUGAAGUAUAUGGUAGCUCUAUUAUUGUGAAUCAGCACAUUAAUCUGGAUGGAAGCAGAAGUUAUAAACUGAAAAGCAAAUCUGGGACCUUAAUUUCCUCAAAGAAAGAGGAACUCAUUGGAAUACUGGAUCACUUUAAUAUACAGGUUGAUAAUCCUGUGUCUGUUUUAACCCAAGAGAUGAGUAAGCACUUUUUACAGUCUAAAAAUGAAGGUGACAAGUACAAGUUUUUCAUGAAGGCAACUCAGCUGGAACAAAUGAAAGAAGAUUAUACAUCUAUUAUAAAAACUAAAGAAAAUACACGUAUACAGAUAGAACAAGGAGAAGAGCGUGUUCAAGAGCUUAAGCAGCUGUAUGGUGAGAAAAAGGAGCGUUACAAGAGCAUUUGGUUUGUGAAUGACUUGAGAAAUCAUCUUGAAGAUUUGAAGCAUAAAAUGGCAUGGGCAGUGGUAGGUGAGAUGGAAAAAGAAAUACAGCCAAUCAAAGAAGGUAUCAGAACUGAAGAAGAAAAUGCAGAGAAAUUUGUUCAGAAGCUAGAGGAAUGCCAGGUAAAAGUGAAGGAAGCAGAAGGAAAAUACAAAGCAAUUCAGGAGAAGUUAAUAGCAAUAAGUGAAGAAACACAAGCUCUACAUCCUCAGUGUGUUUUAUUGAAGACUGAUGUGCAGGCAAGAAGAAAAGCAGUCAAUGAAGCUGAGGUAGUUUAUAAUCGUUCCAAAACUGAGUUAAAACGCCUGGGAAAAGAUGAUGAACAGCUACGUAGACGGAUCGAAGAACUGAAAAGCAGUGCUAAUCGGGUUUCAGAGACUGAAAAUUUGGAAAGACAAAAGAAAAUUGCAUUGUUAAGGGAACAGUUAAAGGCAUUCCGUGAUGAAGAAAUGGUGAUAGGUCAACAGAUGGAUCAGUUUCAGCAAGCUAUAUAUAAAUGUAAAGAAGAACAUGCAAGACUUAAGAGAGAAGACUCUGAUGUUAAACAGUCACUGGAUGCCAAGCAGAAACAACUGAGAGACAUAAAAGAAAGUAAAACAAAUACCUUGAAAAGGUUUGGCCCACAUAUACCAGCAUUUCUUCAAGCAGUUGAAACAGCCUAUAGGCAAGGACGUUUUAAACACAAACCUAUUGGACCUUUAGGUGCUUUCAUUCAUCCGAAAGAUGCUGAACUGACCUUGGCUAUUGAAUCUUGUUUAAAGAGCCUAGUUCAGGCAUUUUGCUGUGAUAAUCAUAACGAUGAAAGAACUCUCCAGCAGUUGAUGUCAGAAUAUUAUCCACGUGGAAGUAGACCUCAAAUAAUUGUAAAUAAAUUUCGGAAUAAUGUUUAUGAUGUUAGGCGUGGUGCAGUUUAUCAUCCAGAAUUCCCAUCAGUUCUCACAGCGUUGGAAAUAGAUCAUCCGAUGGUUGCCAAUUGUCUGAUCGAUGCAAGGGGUAUAGAAACAGUCCUGCUGAUCAAAAGUAGCAAUAAAGCUCGGGAAGUAAUGCAGCGCAAUCAGCCCCCCAAAAACUGUAAAGAAGCAUUCACUGCUGAAGGUGAUCAAGUCUUUGAAAGACGAUACUAUUCUUCUAAUUACCUCAGACCCAAGUUUCUAAGCCAAGAUGUUGAAGCAGAAAUAAGUCACUUGGAGAAAGAAAUUGAAAGCAAAAGGGCACAACUGACAGCAUCUCAACAACGUUUAUACUCUACUGAAAAUGAUAUUAGGCAGAAUGAAGGUCAUCUUCAAAGUCAUCGACGACACCAAAAAGAACUGCAGAUAAAAAUAAGAACAACAAAUGCAGAAAUAGCAGAUCUUGAAAAUAUGGAAGAACACCAUUCAGUGGACAUCCGUACACUGGAAGAUGAAGCUCAAGAAAAUAAAAGUAAGAUGGAAUCUGUAAAACAAGUAAUGCAACAACAAAGCGGGAAAAUGGAAGAACUGAAAAAUACUCUCCAAAUAGCUGAAAAUAAAUUGGAAGAAAUGAAAGAAAAAAUUCAUCAAAUAGAAGAAAUUGCUGGCCCAAUUAAGGAUGAAUUAAACCAAGCUGACUCAGAAGUGGAAAACAGUAAACGUUGUUUGCAGCACUAUCAAAACAAACAGAAGGAACACUUAGCUUGUGUCAAAAGGCACAAAGAAUUACUAGCUGCCAGAGAAAAAGAAUUAGAGGGAAAAGUGGCACAAGCUAAGCAAAUCUAUGCGGAGCGCAUAGAGGUCAGCAGGACUGUUAAGAGUCUUGAUGCAGAAAUGAAUCGCUUGAGAGAAAAGAUAAACGCAGAAAAUGAUCGCCAUGGAAACAGAGAAGAAAUAAUACAGCAAUUUCUUGAUGCAAAGGAAAGGUAUAAGGAUGCGAGCACUAAAGUAAAGCAUUUAAAGAGAUUUAUUGGGCUGCUGGAUAAAAUAAUGACCCAGAGAUUCAAAAUCUAUAAGCAGUUCUUAAGGCUCCUUUCUUUACGAUGCAAAAUCUACUUUGAGCAUUUAUUGCGUAUUCGAGCUUGCUCUGGACAAAUCCUUUUUGAUCACAAGAAUGAGACACUUUCGAUUACAGUUCAGCCUCGAGAGGAAGAUAAAGCUGUCCUUAAUGAUGUGAGGUCCUUAUCAGGAGGUGAACGUUCCUUCUCGACAGUUUGUUUCAUUCUUUCUCUGUGGUCCGUUACUGAAUCUCCUUUCAGAUGUUUGGAUGAAUUUGAUGUCUACAUGGACAUGGUUAACAGAAGAAUUGCAAUGGAUAUGAUUCUAAAGGUGGCUGACUCUCAGCAGCAUCGACAGUUCAUUUUGCUUACCCCACAGAGCAUGAGUUCUCUGCCUUCAAGUUCCCGUAUUCGAAUCUUCCGAAUGCAAGACCCUGAAAGAGGCCAAAAAACACUGGAAUUCCGAAAACACAAUGAGCAAGAGGAAGAGGACUAAUUAUCUCUGUGUAGGAAUAUGGUAUACUCUUAAGGGUAAAUGUGUAAUGUGUGUAAAGUUUAUUACUUCCUGAUGCUGGAUAAAAGGAUCUUUUGUUAGAUACUCUCAGGAAAAGAAGAAAUUCCUGUAUUUUUAAGACUAUUUUUAAUUAUUUCUAAGAAUUACUGUAUAUAUACAGAGCAAAACUAAGCACAUGUUCAGUUAAUAUUUUCAACUACCAGCUACUAGUAAUUUUUUUUUUUUUUGUUCUUUUAACCACUUGUUCUGUUUAUUCUUCUGGAAAAGCUAAAAUAUAUAUUUUUAUAUUUUAAAAUAUUUUAAUAAAUAUGAGAAUUGAUACUUGUGGCAAUGUUUUAGUGUCUCUACACAUUUAAAAUAAGUUUAAAAUGCUGAUUUCUUCCUAGCUCUGCUUUAUUUAUUUAUUUGCAGUAUAUUCUCUGGGGAGGAGAAAAGACUUUUAUGUCUUCAUAAGGAGCUUACAGGGAAGAAUUUGGAGUCUCUUUGGAUGUGAGCUUACAAAACCUACCAAGCUGUAGCUUUGUCAACUUAGAUUCUUCAUUCCAGUGAACUAAGUUCUUGCACAAUGUGGGUUUGCAAGUAUAGAUUCAUUACAUGCUAACAAGCUAAAGUGACAGAACUCCUUCCCAUAUAAAGGAAUGAAGUGGAAUAAAAACUUUGGGAAAUAAUACAGCAACUUUUCCACAGCAUUGUAGGCCUGCAUUUUUUUGGGUGUCCCUGCCUCCUCCUGCUCUGCCCUGAGACUAUACUAGAACAGUUAAAAUGAAAUAAACUUGCAGUACUUAAUACAAGCAUUCACUGCAUUAACCCAAUUGGUUAUGUUAUGGGGAUACAAAAGCCAUUGAUAUUUUUCACAGGACAGUCCUGCAGUUUCUGCUCUUAUUUACUGAAUACAAAUUCCUAAGUAAAAGCUUAUUGCAGUGCAAGUUUUAACUCCGUAGCCGAUUUUGGGCUUAGCUGCUGUGUAGUAUUUUGUGUUCUUUCAUGUUGUUUUUACAGAAGCAUGUACUAAACUUCUAAGUUUCUUUAAAAUAUGGAAGCUAGACAAGAAUUCAGUGAAAUGCAUCGAGAAAGCCAGCUGCAGUUCUGGCACAUUCUGACUGUAGGAGAUGAGUCUGGAGAUCUUUUUAAAGUCUUCAGGUGUUUACUUCUGAAAGCCCAGGGUUAUGGGCCAACAGAAUCAUAGCACCCUUGAGCAGGGUACUGGCAAAGCAGCUAGGCUUUUGGUUGAGAGAAAAGCAUUUACCUACCUUAGUACUUGUGGAGAAAAGAGCUUAAGGAAAAUUACCACAGUCCUACUGAGCUAAUAACACUUCUGCUUUCUCCCAAGUUUUCUGUAGAAUUACUUUGAUAUACUGGAGCAGCUGACAACUGUAUUGGCCUUUGGUUCAAAUCAGUAUGUUGUAUUUAAUCUAGCACUGUUCUUGAUGAAAAUGUGUGCCUGACUGAAUUGUAAGCAGCUCUUUUCAUGGUAGAGGAUUAGUUCUGAAUAAACAGUUCCUGAAGUG